AUGUAGAUUAGAUGUACUAAAGUUGAUCAUCUCAAUUAUCAAAUAUUGGGUAUUUGUAUCGAGAGUAUAUGUCAACAUUAAAGACCUUAUUGUCAUUUUUGUUUACCUAAUCAUAGUCAACAUCUUAACAAUUUAGCAUCAUUAGAAUAAUUAAAUGACUGGAUAUAUCAACGAGUCCUUGUUAUUCAGAAUGUAUAGCAAAAUGUUUAGGAAUGCAAAAAAUCACUUGAUAAUCUUAAAAAUACAUUAAUUCCAUAUAUGAAUUUUAAUACUGAAUAGUUAUCCUAAAUAGGACUUUCUUAGGUUGACUAUUUGAUUAAAGGUUUAUGUUAGAUUGAAUCUUGUGAGAAAAUGUUAGUAUAAUAAUUACAAUAAUCAAUUGAAUAAAUCAAAAUGACUGUAAAUAAAAUAAUAGAAAAAAUUAAGAAUCAAACAAAUGUUGAGUAAAAUGAGAAUUUAUAGAUGCAAAAUUCUUGUAAAUUGAACUUAGAAAAAAAAAAUGAUCCAAUUCCAUUAGAAAAUAAUAAUUUUAAUUCAUUCUAAUAUGAACUCAUUAAUUAAAAUUCAAUCAAGUAGGAAAAAGGUUGUUAUGCAAUUGCAAUUAAUAAAGAUAACUCAAUUGUUUUAACAGGAUAUGAUAAUUUAAUUAAAGUUUUUGAAAAUCAAUAAGGGAAUUUAAAUCAAAUAUAAUUAUUAAGUGAACAUACAACUAUUGUAUAUACAUUAAAUUUCAUGUAGAAAUCAAAUCAUUUUGUAUCUGGAAGUCAUGAUAAGUCAAUUAUUAUAUGGUAGAUGAAUGAAAACAAUUUAUGGACUUGUUAAUAAAAAUUGUAUGGACAUUUUCAUAGUAUUGUGUGUUUAUUGAUAAAUAAUAAUGAAAAUCUUAUUAUUUCAAGUAGUUUUGAUAAUUCAAUUAAAUUCUGGAAUAAAUAAGAUGAAUGGUAAUGUUAAUAAACCUUUAAAAAUUACACUAGUUCAUUAUGGUCAUUAAGUUUAAGUGAAUAGGAGGAUAAAUUGAUUGCAUGUUCAAAUGAUUCAUAAAUAUUAGUUAUUGAAUUUUAAUAAUUCGAAAAUAUUUGGGUUUUGAUAUAAAGGAUAUAAGUAGAUAAUUAUGGGUAUCGAUUAAGUUUUAUAAAUGAGAAUUUAUUCACUUUCUAACCUAAAUGUAAAGAAUAAAUGUAUAUUUAUGAAUUAAACAGUACUAAUAAAUAAUUUGUUAAAACUAAAGAAAUUAAUAUAAUAUGUGAAUCAUAUUGUUGUGAUAAUUUGUUUCCAUAAAAAUACAUAAAAUCUAAAUCUCUCUUGCUGAAUAAGAAUGGUAAUAAUAUAAAUUUUUUAAGGAAGAUAAACAAUGGAGAAUUUAUAAAUGUAUAAAAUAUUUAAUUUGGUCAUUAUAACAUUUAUGGUUAAUUAAGUGAUGAUGGAGAAUAUUUGAUUAGUUGGGAUUUUAAUUCAAAAGAAUUAUAAAUUAGAAAAUAUAAGGAAUACUGA